UAUAUACCAAACAAACAGACUACACCGUACCAUAAAAUAGAAAGUAACAUUUGUACAAGAUUUGACCUCCAGGAAAUGACACAAAUAAAUAUUGACCAACGGGAAAAUGGCACGUUGGAUGAAUAUUGACCAAUGGGGAAAUGACACCAUUUCUCAUUCAGGAAUAGUAUUAGAUAAUUUCUGCGGUAUUUUCUGAAUACCCCAACAUAGUAUUUGUUUUAUUUUCUCGUACAAUUUUUUAUUCUGUAUAAUAUACGAUAUUCUUGUAUUCUAUUGAUCUGAACUAUGCCCAGUAUGUGAUUUGUUAUAACUCGGAGUAUUUUUCAUAUAUGUGAUUUCAUCCUAAUUAAUAAUUAAAAUGGGUGUACAAUCAAUAUAUAAAUGAGUGUAUUUUCGACUAGGGUCGUCGUCAUCGUCAUAGUGUUUUGGGGCUAAUUAGUUUUCACUUAUACCAGUCUCUGUGUUCUUACAUUCGCUUCAUGGGAAUUGCAGAGGUCCCUCGUUCCAAGCAUAAGUGAUCAGCGUUUUUCCGGAACAACAAUCAGCGACGACUAGAUAUAACAAGUUCAUUUGUUUAUGUUAAUUUCUUUUACUUCUUCAUUCCAGUCCUAAUAUUUCCAUGUUUUACUUUUACUCAUAAUAUGUAGGUUACAGUUUAUCAAUGUAGUCUGAAGAAUAAUCUGGAAGAUAAAUCUAUUCAGAAUCCUGAUAUGUCAUCUGUUUGUCUACUCCAAUCUUUUGCCGAUCCUGCUGGAGAUAAAGAAGAGUUUUAUUGUUGUGCUUGGUCGCGUGAUACAAGUGGUAAUGUAGCAUCUAGUUGGUGGACUGAUUGCUGUGAAAGUCGUCGACCACGUCCAAAUCUUCAUCCUCAUCAAGGUCCUAUCGGCUCUUCCAGUGGAUCACUUCUACCUGCUCAUCAGCAAGUAGUAGCUGCUGCAGGUAAACGUGGUGUAAUUCGAAUCCUCUGUCCUAGUAUGGCUAGUUGUCCUGCUAGUCUUGUUGGCCACGGAUCGUCUAUUAAUGAGCUAAGAUUUCACCCAAGAGACCCUGCUCUAUUAUUUUCUUUUAGUAAAGAUUAUACCAUUCGUUUGUGGAAUAUAGCUAGUCACGUGCUCGUAUGUAUUUUUGGUGGAGCUGAAGGUCACCGAGCUGAAGUUCUACAUGGUGACCUAUCCCUUACAGGUGAUCUUUUGCUAUCUGCCGGUAUGGAUCAUUGCGUGAAAAUUUGGCGGCUUAAUACUCCUGAAUUAGCUAAUGCUGUAAUAGAUUCAUUUAAUUACCGCUCACGUUCGAAUCCUAAGCCGUUCCCUGUGCUUGUUCAACACUUCCCUGAAUUCAGUUCCCGUGAUGUACAUGGCAAUUAUGUGGACUGUGCCCGUUGGUUUGGCUCUUUAGUCAUAUCAAAAUCGUGUGAAAACAGUGUCACACUCUGGAAGCCUGGUGGACUAGAUGAUUCCUCAGCAAAUAUUUCUAGUUUAUGCAAUGGGUCUCCAAGUAAUACCUCAACAGAUGUUGGCGGUCUGCGUUUGCCGAGUCGGAUGCAACAUAUUGGCUCAUACACAGGUCCUGAAUCGCCUAUCCCCCCAGCACCUGGUGUCCCAACCGAACACAAGACAAGCAUUAUCCAUCAGUUAAAAGCUGCUGACUGUAACUUAUGGUAUAUUCGUUUUGAUAUAGAUUUAAAGAAUCAUGUUCUGGCUUUGGGUACAGGAACUGGGCCAUCACGUGUCUAUUUGUGGGACUUAAAAUAUCCUGAAAAUGCCCUUAAUCUCCCAGCUCAAGUACUUCAUUUCCCUACAGUUAGUGGAGUUGGUCCCGGUGGUAUGCCUUUAAGUCACAGUGCCAUUAGACAAACUCGUUUUGCUAACGAUGGAGAUAUUCUUUUGUGUGUAGGUGAUAAUGGACUCAUUGUUAGAUUUGAUAAAAUAUAAAUCAGCUUUGUAUAUUUCUGAUUAAAUAUGUAAAAAGAUGUUUAUUGAAAUAAGUGUUGUUCGAUAUUCAUGGUAAUUAAAUACAGUAGUUAGUGCAUUUACCAGGCACUUAUUUAUGUUCUCGUGGUUAGGCCACACCGUUUGUGUACACAAAAGAAAAUAAUAUAUAUGGAAUUGAUG